AUGGGUUGCAAAGAAUCAAAAUAAGAUGGAUUAGGAAACGGACCUGAGAGUGGGGGUGGCUCUGGAGGAAAAUCUAGUAGUUUACCCAGUUUGCAAAUCAGUGGACUUGAUGGACCUGGUAAAUUCGAGGCACUAUUGCCAUUCAGCAAAACAAAGAUAGAAGAAUUUGAAAUCAAGAUAAAGAUGGCAAGUGGCUAAGAAAAGGAUAUGACACUUGAGCAGCUAAGAAAGGGUUUCUCUGAUGAUAAGAACUGGAGUGAUGCUCUGAAUUAGGCUAAUAGUCCAUUAUUGAAAUCUUUAGAGCAUGAACUUUUCAAAAGUGAAGAGAACCCUGAUUAAUUGAACAGAGAUGCUAUUAUUAUUUGGGCUUUACUGCUAUGUGGAGGUGAUGUUAAAGUUAAGGCAAAAGUAUUUUAUGAUGUCCUUUAAGACAAUAAUCAGGAGCACAUUUCAAGUAGUGAUAAAGAUUUCCCACCAUCAUUAAAUACAUUGGUGGAUCUAGCAUGCAAGUUACCUUUCAUCAUGUCAGCUUAACUUACUAAUGAACCUUCCAAGAAAUCAGAAGAGGACUUUUAAAAGAUCGAUGGUAUCAAGGAAGCUUUCUUAGAUAAAUUCCUUGAUGAAAUUUAUGGAGCAAAAUCAAAGUUACUGAGAGUAGAUUGGGAAACUGAAGUUGCAAAGAAAACUCCUUGGUUAUUUAGCACAAAGAAAAUCAGAUCUGAAAUAGAUAAAAUUAUCAAAGAACAGAAUUCAUGA